AAAUAACCAACCUCAUAAAUUCAGAUUUACCCAAAACAGAGAAAUCCAACAACAACAGGUUAAUAAAACUCAAAAGAAAACCACACAACACCAACAGACUCUUUAAUCUCCUCCCUUCCGAUCUCUUUCUCCUCCAUCCUACUGCAAUUUCUGAAAGCCUCAUUUCACCAAAAAAAAAACCCAUCUCUCUCUCUCUCUUUAAAUUUUUUUUUAAAGCCCCUCCUCACCAUGAAGCUCAAGCUCAAACCCAACACCUCCCAGAUGAAGCUCCUUCACAAAAAAGCCCCGCAACAAUCUUCUUUUGUCAGAAGACACUACCGUCUUCUCCUCUGGCUCUCCCUCUCCCUCUACCUCUUCUUCUCCUCUUCGUCGUCGUCUUCCUCUUUCUUCUCUUUCCCAAGCCCAUCCCUCGACAGAAGUAAAACCACAAUCUCUUUGCAAAAAACACCCUCCAGAGCUCUCAUCGAACAAGCCCCAAGGCCCAAAACCCCUCUCAAAAUCUACGUCUACAAUCUCCCUCCACGCUACAACGGAGAUUGGCUCGAUAAUCCCAGAUGUGGGUCCCAUCUGUUUGCGGCUGAAGUAGCGAUCCACGAAGCUCUCCUCACUUCAAAGUUCAGAACUUUGAACCCGGACGAAGCCGAUUUCUUCUUUGUUCCCGUUUACGUCUCCUGCAACUUCUCUACUGUCAACGGGUUCCCUUCGUUGACGCACGCCCGCUCUUUGAUCGCCUCUUCAAUCGCUGAAAUCAAGACAAAGUUUCCGUUUUGGAAUCGGACCAAUGGCCAAGAUCACAUCUUUGUCGCGUCCCAUGACUACGGAGCUUGCUUCCAUGCGAUGGAGGAUGUGGCGAUCGCCGAUGGGAUUCCUGGGUUCUUGAAGAGCUCGAUUCUGCUGCAGACGUUCGGGGUAAUCUCACCGCACAGGUGCCAGGAAGCGGAGCACGUGCUCAUACCGCCGUAUAUACCGCCGGAGGUGCUCCGAUCGCCGCCUCCCGAGACGAAGAAGAGGGACAUUUUCGUCUUUUUCAGGGGGAAGAUGGAGGUCCAUCCUAAAAAUAUUAGCGGGCGUUAUUACAGCAAGAAGGUGAGGACGGCGGUUUGGAACCAGUACAGUAACAACCGGAAGUUUUACCUGAGAAGGAAACGAUUCGAUGGGUAUCAGUCCGAAAUAUCGCGAUCGGUUUUCUGCCUCUGCCCGCUGGGGUGGGCCCCAUGGAGCCCGCGACUGGUAGAGUCGGUCGCCCUCGGCUGCGUGCCGGUCAUCAUCGCCGACGGAAUCCGUUUGCCGUUUCCGGACGCCGUGAACUGGCGCGACAUCUCGUUAACGGUGCCGGAGAGCGACGUCGGGGAGCUGGAGUCGAUUCUGGAGUGGCCGCGAGUAAUCUCACCCGCGAUGCCAGCGGAAUCUGUGGGACCCGGGGUCAGGAGAGCGCUGAUGUUCGACCGGCCGAUCGAGGGAGGUGACGCCACGUGGCAGGUGGUGAAGGGGUCGAGGGGAAGCUGCGAUCGCUCGCGUGGAGGAGGGGGCCAAUUGGAUGGCGACACGUGGGCAGUGUAA